UUCUCUCGGGGGGCACUGGGACUCCCUGGGAGUCCCAGGGAGCUCUUUGUAGCCCUUUGUAGCCCGUGUGAAGCAUUUUGGUAGCGUGAAGCGUUUUCCUGACCUCUUUCCGUACAGCUGUACCGCUUUUGAAGCACUUUGUAUGUGCGAAAUUUGUACGGGUGUCUCUACUUCACCGUACUUCACGCCACAAGCACUGUGGUCGCAACAUGGAUCUGCUGGAUAUCAUUGGGUCGCAGAGCAAACACUUUAUCAUUGAGAGGUCGCUGUCGUCCCCCUUGAACUAUCUCAUUCCCUUCUCAAAGUUCAAGAGGGAGGCAAAUAUAGAGUCGGUGCACUGGUUUGAAGACUCUGUUGACUUUGAAGAUGAUCGACUGCCGAUAACUAUUCUAAUCCAUUCUGGCCUGGAUAACGUCCCAAAGUUGAAGAUAUGGAUACAACGUCUCUCUGGAAGACAGAUCGACCUUGUGAUAACUGAUGACUACUCGAGAAGCUUCCAAUGGAACCUCCAACAACAGGGACUAAUCGGUGAUAUCAACACCGUGACGAGUUGGAAGCUGUCCAUUCAGACUCCACUCUGUGAUAACCUGAGACUGAUCCACUUACAGCUGGCUGAAUUCAACAGUCUGUACCAGUACAAGACACCGAACUUGGCGUCGAAAUUGGUGGAUCUGUUGAAUCAGGAGCUCAGUACACAGAAUUUGUACAUUACAAAGAUCUUUGCAAAGGGGUUGAAUUCGAAUAAGUUUGUCCAGCACUUGAAACAAAGAAUGGAGAGCAAUCUACAAAAUAUGGAUCAGCUGUCUAAGUCAAAGGAAUUGAAGAUUAAGAACGGGUUGUUUGAACAGUUGGAUUCAGGAUUACAGUGUGACCUCAUGGUUUUUGAAAGAAACCUGGACUUUUUAAGCGUGCUGUUAAACCAGUUGAACUAUAUGGGAAUCAUAGACGAAUCCCUUGGAAUCGAUAUAAACAACGUCAAGCUGGACGAGGAAUUGGUCUAUUUCAACGAAAGUCCGAUAUUCGACAAGAUUCAACAAAUGAAUUUUGGGCUGGCGUGUGAUUUCUUGAACGAACAGGCAAAGUCCUUACAGUCGCAAUACGAUGAAUUGGUGAAGAAGACCAAGACUGACAUCUCCAAAAAUAUCGUCUCGCAGCUGAAAGAUUUGGAAGAUGCAAAGAACAACGUGGCACUACACACAAGGAUCAGCGAAUUUGUACUGCAAAAGUUGGAUAUCAAGAACAGUGCCAACUUCAACACCCUGCUGGAAUUCCAACAGGACCUCAUAACACAAUCGCUGAGCUACUCAAAUUCGAUCUCCACAAUCCAAGAAUGGAUAUAUGCUUUUGACUACGAUGCGGUGACCGUACUUCGACUAAUUGGUAUCAUAUCUAUAACUUUUAACGGGUUACGUGAAUCCGACUACAACAAGUUGACAAAUGACAUUGUUGAGCAGUACGGAAUCAAAUACUGGUCCAUUUUGCAGAAGCUGAUAAAGAUUGGUAUAAUCACGAUAAGAGGCGAUCCUUCAAUCAUCAAAAAUUACUCACAAUUGUCCAAUUCACUACAACUUGUACAACAGGACGACUCUGAGGGAGACAUAUCUUACCGUGGCUACACUCCCUUGGUCACACAAGUUAUCAGGAAAACGUUAAACGACGACAAAAGAUCCAACUGGGAUGACGUGGAUCUAUCUGCAAUCAUUGGUAAAUCCACAGAGGAAUCUCUCAUAAAUGAAUCGAAACAAGGAGGUGCAUCGUUGCAAGUUGAAGGUUCAACGGUUAUAGUUGUCAUGAUUGGUGGCUUGACGUACGCGGAACUCGCAAGCCUGACACACUUGGCCAAGAACUCUAAGAGACAGUUCCUGGUGAUCACUGAUGGAGUAAUCAACACCUCCAAGGUCAUUAACCACUGAAUUCAGCAUGGUUUCCACAGGUAUAACCCAGUAAUUGAUGGAGUAAUUUCAAGUGUGCAGUCGUGGCCCUACACGAUGAGCUUCUGGU